CGGCGCGCUGUGACGUCACGCGGCCCUGGGCACGGCAGGCCGGUUAGGGGGAAAGGCAAAGUUUGGCAAUGUAAAGUGCAGGAGAGCAAGUGAGAGUGAGACACUGGGGAGGGGGAGAGACCCGGAUCACCGUGCAGGAAGUCUAACCCGACCUGUGGGGACCUCCCUGCCCUGCAUCCCACCCACAUCUGGCUGAGCAAGCCACCUCCACGUGGACCACCCCCCACCUACCCACCUACCCCACUGCAGAGGCUGCACAGCCAUGACAGAGCAGCAGGACCUCAGCUCCAUGCCAUGGACCAUCAACAGGGAUGACUAUGAGCUGCAGGAGGUGAUUGGAAGCGGAGCAACGGCUGUGGUACAAGCUGCUUACUGCGCUCCCAAGAAGGAGAAGGUGGCAAUCAAGAGGAUUAACCUUGAAAAAUGUCAGACCAGCAUGGACGAACUACUGAAAGAAAUCCAGGCAAUGAGUCAGUGCCAUCACCCCAACAUUGUCUCCUACUAUACCUCGUUUGUGGUGAAGGAUGAGCUGUGGCUUGUGAUGAAGUUGUUAAGUGGAGGUUCCGUCUUGGAUAUCAUCAAACACAUAGUUGCAAAGGGAGAGCAUAAGAACGGGGUUUUGGAUGAGCCGAGCAUUGCCACCAUGCUGAAAGAGGUUCUGGAAGGGCUAGAGUACCUGCAUAAAAAUGGACAGAUCCACAGGUAUGUGAAGGCUGGAAAUAUUCUCCUGGGUGAAGACGGAUCAGUUCAGAUCGCAGAUUUUGGCGUUAGCGCUUUCCUUGCCACAGGGGGUGACAUCACCAGGAAUAAAGUGCGGAAAACAUUUGUGGGCACGCCUUGCUGGAUGGCCCCAGAGGUCAUGGAGCAGGUUCGAGGGUACGACUUCAAAGCUGACAUUUGGAGUUUUGGAAUCACCGCUAUUGAACUUGCCACCGGUGCAGCCCCCUACCACAAAUAUCCUCCAAUGAAGGUUUUAAUGUUAACUCUACAAAACGAUCCACCGACUCUGGAGACGGGUGUGCAAGAUAAAGAAAUGCUGAAAAAAUAUGGCAAAUCCUUCAGGAAGAUGAUCUCUUCGUGCCUUCAGAAAGACCCAGAGAAGAGACCAACAGCAGCAGAGCUUUUGAAACACAAGUUCUUCCAGAAAGCCAAGAACAAAGAAUUUUUACAAGAAAGAUUAUUGCAGAGAGCUCCAACAAUUACAGAGCGGGCCAAAAAGGUUAGGAGAGUACCAGGCUCCAGUGGUCGUCUGCAUAAAACAGAAGAUGGCGGCUGGGAGUGGAGCGACGAUGAGCUGGAUGAAGAGAGUGAGGAGGGGAAAGCUGCAGUUUUGCAGCUGAGGUCUCCACGUGUGAAAGACUCCUCACAAAACUCAGAGCUGUUCACUGGGACAGAGCCCACAGGAACCUUUCUCCAGGCUCCGGCCCAGCCCGUUGCUAAUCUACCUCAAUCUGCUGGACAAGGUCCACCGUCACAAGUGUCUGUACCAGUUCCAGGGUCUAGCCAGCCCACACCAGCUGCGGUGCCUCCUCCUCAAGAAGAAGUAAAAGCAGUUAUCAGCUUAGUGUUACGAUUAAGAAAUGCAAAAAAAGAACUGAAUGAUAUUCGAUUUGAAUUUACUCCAGGAAGAGAUACUGCGGACGGAGUAUCGCAAGAGCUCGUCUCGGCUGGACUUGUAGAUGGCAGAGAUGUAGUCAUAGUUGCAGCCAAUUUGCAGAAGAUUGUGGAAGAGCCUCAAACAAACCGAUCAGUCACCUUCAAACUGGCGUCUGGUGUGGAUCCUUCUGAUAUCCCAGAUGAUGGAAAGCUUGUAGGAUUUGCACAGCUCAGUAUCAGCUAGGCUACUGCCGACGAGGCUGCUCCUUAAGAAAUCUACAUGUGCAUCUUUCUCAUGCUUUUCUUGGCCUACAGGAUCCAGUACUGCCAAAGAAUAAAAAUCUGGCUUCUUUCGGAGCUGUAACAACACGUAUUAUUAUUUUUUGUCUAACAAAGGUCUUUAACUUAGUGUAACGGGAAACACUGGGAGGUCAAGGCUUUGUAUUACACAAACAAAAGUGUUUCUGCACAUGACGCAUUUGGAUUUCUUUUUAUUGUCAUGUGGAAUGCGCUGGGUGACUGCUUCAGUGACUCUGGGGCUGGCAGUGAAAUGCGUUGGUCUCUCUAUGGCCAUUGAAUGAGAGGUUCAGCAUGUCAUUCUUCUCAUACAUGUUUGUUGCCUUAUUUCACAAUACUACUGAGUAGGAAACUGAUGGGUUUCUACCACUCUGAAAAAAAGACGUAAAGGCAAAAGGAGAAGAGAGUUUUUCAAAACUGAUUUUUAUUGGCUUUAAUUUAAACUGAACAGAGUCUCUAAAUAAAAACCUAAUAAUUUGAA